UGAACACGACAGUGAGCAUGAUGAUCUUAUUGUUAGCUCUUCUGGCUUCUGCAGCUGCAGCACCACUGAAUGAUAAGAUUGUGGGUGGUUAUGAGUGCGCUCCUCACUCUCGAGCAUUCCAGGCCUCUUUGAAUAUCGGAUAUCAUUAUUGUGGUGGCUCCCUCAUCAAUGACCAGUGGGUUAUUUCUGCUGCUCACUGCUGGAUAAACCCCUAUAGUCAGAUUGUUAUGCUGGGUGAGCACCACAUCUGGGAGUAUGAGGGCACAGAGCAGUACAUGGCCGUGGAUGCCAUCUACUGGCACGAGAGCUAUGACUACCAGACACUAGACUACGACAUCAUGCUCAUGAAGCUUGCUCACCCCGUCACCGUAAAUGAGUUUGUGAAGCCUAUCGCUCUGCCCACAGCGUGCCCCGCCCCCGGGGACAUGUGCAUGGUGUCCGGAUGGGGUAACAUUUACACAGACUCAGUGUUUAAUCCAUUUAACCUGCAGUGUGUAGCGGUGCCCAUUCUCUCUGAGGAAGCAUGUGAGAACUCUUACCCAGGCCAGAUCACAAAGAACAUGCUGUGUGCUGGAUAUCUGGAGGGAGGCAAAGAUUCCUGUCAGGGUGACUCUGGAGGUCCUCUGGAGUGUAACGGUGUGCUGCAGGGUAUUGUGUCCUGGGGAUAUGGUUGUGCUCAGCCUAAUUACCCUGGUGUUUACACCAAAGUGUGUGCUCUGCUGCCAUGGAUCCAUGAGAUUCUUAACAGUUACUAGGCCUCCAAAUAAAAUAUGAGUACCUUGCAUUAAAAUGAACAGUGUACCUUUUAUGAAGCUUGGAAAAAGAUUAUGCUUUACUUGUAAUUUUACCCCAUUCAUUUCAUAGUAAAAAUAUAAUAAAA